AUGGUUUUUGAGGACGAAAGCAGCGACGACAUGUCGAGCCUCCCGUACAUGCACUCCUCCUCCUCCACCGAUGGGCUUAACCAGUCCCCUUUCAACCUUGAAGAUCCCGAUUACAAGGGGCUUGAGCUGGAUCUCAUGGUCUUCUGUGAGAAGCACGACAAGGCAUCGGAGAGGCUUGUUGCCUUUGAAGGAACAUACACAUGCAGAAGGUUCUUAGCAUGUGUAGAGCCGUGGCUCCCAACAAUGCAAAAUGCAUUGCUGAAGCUGUGGGCAAUGGUUGAAGAUAGCAAGAGUGCUAGGGAAAAUGAUAAUCUUGAAAGUGCUUUAGCUAUUCAUCAUCUGACAGAAGAGAAGAACAAGCUCGAGGCCAACUAUGACAAGUUAGUCCAAGAUGUGCAUGAACUUAUGAAUUUCCAGGAGGAAAGGGUGCUGGAUUUCAGUUAUCUGCAGUCUAACAUUACAUAUCAGCAGCAAUGCAGAAGUGAACUGGUGGCUGAUAUGAAGGCAGUGAUGGCAAAGAAAGAUGCAGAUCACCCGAAGGUUCGGGAGAAGUACCAACUCCUAGUGAACCUGACUAGAGCUCAAGCCACUGCCAUCCAGAACUUGAAGUUGAAACACAUGAAAGAGAAGGAAGUGCUGACUGAAGCUAGGAUGAAAUUAGAGUUUGAUAAUGCAGAGAUCAAGAAGAAUGAGGAGAAGCUCACCCAUGAGAAACUAGAGCUGAAGCUUCAGGUUGUUGAUCCGCUAAAGGGAAAGGAAAAGCUUUGUGAAGAGAGGGUCCAGUUAAAGCUUCAUGUUGCUGAGCUCAUCAAGGGAGAGGAAAAUGUGAAGCAGAAGAUCAAGGGGAUCUAG